CCAGAUAAUGAAAUCUCUUCAGACUGCAAUCAUCUCUUGUGGAACUACAAGUUGAACCUGACUACAGAUCCAAAGUUUGAAUCCGUGGCCAGAGAAGUCUGCAAGUCCACUAUUGCAGAGAUCAAGGAGUGUGCAGAUGAACCAGUUGGUAAAGGCUUCUUGGUGUCAUGUUUGGUGGAUCACAGAGGCAACAUCACUGAAUACCAGUGCCAUCAGUACAUCACUAAAAUGACAGCCAUUAUCUUCAGUGAUUAUCGGUUGAUCUGUGGCUUCAUGGAUGACUGCAAGGCUGACAUCAAUCUCCUGAAAUGUGGCAGCAUUCGACCUGGAGAAAAGGAUGCCCACUCACAAGGAGAGGUGGUGGCGUGCCUGGAAAAAGGCCUGGUAAAAGAGGCGGAGGAGACGGAUCCUCGAAUUCAGGUUUCUGAUCAAUGUAAGAAAGCAAUCCUUCGUGUAGCUGAACUCUCUUCAGAUGACUUCCACUUGGACCGGCAUCUCUACUUUGCGUGCCGAGAUGAUAGAGAACGAUUUUGUGAAAAUACUCAGGCUGGGGAAGGCAGAGUCUACAAGUGCCUCUUUAAUCACAAGUUUGAAGAAUCAAUGAGUGAAAAGUGCCGUGAUGCGCUGACAACCCGCCAGAAGCUGAUCGCCCAAGACUACAAAGUGAGUUACUCGCUGGCAAAAUCCUGUAAAAGUGAUCUGAAGAAGUACCGCUGCAAUGUGGAGAACCUUCCCCGGUCUCGGGAAGCCAGGCUUUCCUACCUGUUGAUGUGCUUAGAGUCUGCUGUGCACAGAGGUCGACAAGUGAGCAGCGAGUGCCAGGGUGAAAUGUUGGAUUACCGGCGCAUGCUAAUGGAAGACUUCUCGCUGAGCCCAGAAAUCAUCCUGAGCUGCCGAGGGGAGAUCGAACACCACUGCUCAGGCCUGCAUCGGAAGGGUCGCACCCUGCAUUGCCUGAUGAAAGUAGUACGGGGCGAAAAGGGAAACGUCGGGCUGAAUUGUCAGCAGGCACUUCAAACACUGAUUCAAGAAACUGACCCUGGUGCAGAUUACCGCAUUGACCGAGCAUUGAACGAGGCCUGUGAAUCAGUGAUACAGACUGCCUGCAAGCACAUACGGUCUGGAGACCCAAUGAUUCUGUCUUGCCUCAUGGAGCACUUGUAUACUGAGAAGAUGGUAGAGGACUGUGAGCACAGGCUCCUGGAGCUCCAGUAUUUUAUAUCUCGUGAUUGGAAAUUGGAUACAGUCCUUUACCGCAAGUGUCAGGGAGAUGCCUCCCGUCUCUGCCAUACCCAUGGCUGGAAUGAGACUAGUGAGCUGAUGCCUCCAGGGGCUGUUUUCUCCUGUUUGUACAGGCAUGCGUACCGCACAGAGGAGCAGGGAAGGAGGGUGAGUGCUGGAGUGCAACUGAUUUGUGAUAGAAGGGUUGUACGUAUGUUUGGAAGAUGGACACACUGUGCUAAAACUGCAAGAACUUGCAAAAGCUACUUGAAAGCGUUUACCAUAGGUGGUACUUGCAGUGCUUCGGAUGCCCAACUCCUCUUCAAGUGUGCCUUGAAGGUCUAUGUUGUUGUUCUG